AUGAAGUGGUUUUUAUGUUUCACGUUUAUAACUAUUUUGGGUCAAUCAAUUAGUAGUGAUGACAUUAUAAGUGUUACAAUUGAACAAGGAGAGGUAAAUGGAAAAGUAGAGAAGACAAUUUUAAGAAAUCAAAUCUACUAUUCCUUCAAAGGAUUACCAUUCGCUCUUCCGCCUAUUGGUGAAUUAAGGUUUAAGCCGCCUGUGAAGCAUCAAGGAUGGAGUGGGACAUAUGAAGCUUUUGUUAAUAAACCUACGUGUUUUCAAUAUAGUCCUCGAACACGUAACGGUGAAUCUUUUGGCAUAUCGGGAUCGGAAGAUUGCCUUUACCUCAGCGUAUUUACAUCUGACGUCAAACGGUCAUUGCCAGUUAUAGUGUUUGAUUACAAUGAUGGUUUCAGAUCUGGUUUUAAUGGAACAAGAACAUAUUCUCCAGAUUUUUUCAUGGAAGAAGACGUCAUAGUUGUAACGAUCAAUCAUCGUCUUGGAUUAUUUGGGUAUUUAACUACGGAAGACGAGAAUAUUCCAGGCAAUAACGGCUUACGCGAUUUUAUUUUAGGAUUACAAUGGGUCAAGGAUAAUAUCAAACACUUUGGUGGUGACCCAAAUCGCGUAACUUUAAUGGGUAAUCGAGGUGGAGCUGUAUUAGCCGACAUACUUCUAUAUUCACAUAAAGCAAAAAAUCUAUUUAGUGCAGUUAUUUUGCAAAGCGGAACUUCAAUGGAACCGACUUUAUUUUAUAAAGAGCCUCGAGAAGCAGCUUUUAGAUUAGGCGAACUAGUUGGUAUAAAUACUACUAACAGUAAUACUUUACUAGAGGAGCUUCAAAAAAUCGAUGCAAAUAUUUUGAUAACAAAAGAGGGCGAAGUUGUGGAUACUAAUAACUUUGAAUUAACUCAAAUGGCCGUGUACCCGUUUGGUCCGGUGGUUGAAAAAAAUAACCCCGAUGCCAUCUUAAAAUUCUUACCGGAUAACGAAAUGGUUGUUAGUGAUGUUCCUAUUAUAAUAGGAAUGAAUUCUAGAGAAGGCCUAGAUUUAAUAUCACAUUUUAUUUUUGAACCACGAUUGUUAACAGAUUUAGCACAAGACUUCUUUGUGCAUGUUCCUAGAAGAUCGGGUUUUCGCUUUGACAAAAACAGCUCAGUGUACGAGAACGUGGUGAGAGACAUACAGAAUUUCUAUUUAGAAGAUGGUUACCUACACUACGCUAAUAUUCUUGAAUACGCAGUAUAUAUUGGAGAUGUACUGCAGAAUUAUGCUUUAAAUCACGCAGCAAGGAAGUUAGGUAAGGAGCUUAAGUCUGAUAUAUAUUACUACAUGUUUGAUUUUAGAGGACUAUUAAAUGAAAACAGUGAAUAUAUGUCCCGAUAUGCCAGAAGUUCAAUGGAACAUUGGGGGGCAACAAUAACCGAUGAAUUAUGUUAUUUGCAUCUAUGCUCCCGUAUUCAAAAAACUUACAAACAACUACUUAAGCUGCUUAGUGAACAGCCAGAAAUUAAAGUUUUGAAGAAGAUGGUACGCUUAUGGACAAAUUUUGCAAAGUAUAGGGAUCCUACACCUGACAACAAUGAUGAAAUAUUAAAGGAUUUUAUUUGGCAGCCAGUUAGGAAAAAUAAUGACAAUAUUAACUAUCUUCACAUCACAAAGAAACUUCAAAUGCGGGUAAACCCUUUAGGUGAACGAGCUAAGUUUUGGGACAACUUUAUCGCUAAGUAUUCAGCUUUAGCAAAGGAGGGUGUAGUGAGUGAUAAGUAUCAUGAUGAAUUAUGA